AUGCUAUCCGAGUCCGGCUCUCGAAUCCUUGUCACCGGAGCGAAUGGCUACAUCGGCGCACACGUCGUGGACCAACUAUUGGCCCUGGGCUACACAGUGCGGGGCACACUCCGGACCGACAAGCCGUGGCUAAACGAGUUCUUCGCCACCAAGUACGCUCCAAACUCUUUUGAAACAGCGCUUAUAAGAUCUUUCGAUAAUCAAGAUGAGAUUGAACGUGCGCUCGAGGGAGUCGAUGGACUGAUUCAUUUGGCCUCAGAUGUCUCGUUCAAUGACGAUCCCAACGCCGUCAUCCCAUGGGUCGUCCAGGCCACGCAAGAUCUCUUGAAAGCCGCCUCUCGCAGGUCUUCUAUCAAGAGGGUUAUUUUGGCUUCCUCGUCCACGGCGACGUAUCUGACUUGGCCUGAUCCCAAUGGGCGAACCCUCAAUGCCAAUACGUGGAACGACGCCGCUAUCACCGCAGCAUGGGACGAAAACACCGACCCGCAGAAGAAAGCCAUGAUCGUAUACUCAGCAUCCAAGACAGAAGGUGAGCGGCAGGCUUGGGCGUGGAUUGAGGAGAAUCGCCCUUCAUUCGUCUUCAACUCUGUCCUGCCUUGUUUCAAUGGUACUAGUAUCAUUGGGCCUAAUCUGCUCGAACAGGUCGGUAGAUACCUCCAUCCCGAAAUCGCCGGCUCAACGAUGUCCUUCGUCUGCCAAUUACUCAAGGGGGAUGCUUCUGCAUUCAUGUUACCAGAGCAAUGGCGCGUCGACGUCGAAGACACAGCCCGACUAUUCGUCAUCGCGCUGCUACACCCAGGCGUAGAAUCUGAGCGGAUUUUCGCAUUUGGCGAGUCAACUCAUUGGGCUGAUGUCGUGGCUAUGCUUCGCACGCUGCGUCCGGAGAAUAAGUCUAUCCCUGAUGUUCCGGCGGGUAUUCCGAGAGAUAAUACUAUUGUUGGACCGCGGGAGAGGGCGGAGGGGUUGUUGAGGAGCUUUUAUGGAGUGGAUGGGUUUACAAGUAUACAGGAGAGUAUUCAGAAGGGGAUUGCGGGGUUGGAAUAG